AUGGAUUACAUAUUUGAGUUGAGUAAGUUAGAGUACAUACUUGAGAAAGACUGCUACAGAUCUACUCAGCUUGAGAACACAGCAACGACAAACGAUAUAGAAAAAAUCUUAGAAGCAUUAAAUACCACUCCAAUUACUAUUGAAAAUGCAAUGCCAGCAAUAAGAUACUUUUGAGUUUGCAAUUUUUAUAAAGAAUUUUUAAAUGAAGCAUCGAAUUUGGAGGAUUUUCUCGAAAAAAAUUGUCCAUGUGAUGCUAAUGAUAGCCCCGAUUUGGAACAAAAUCAAAGGCAGCUAGCUGUAGAAUCAGAGCAUUUUGAAAAUGCUGAUUUUAGCUGAGCCGAAGAUGAAAUAAUCAAGCUUGACCAAAUCGUCGAGGAAUAUAUUUUUUAUGAAAGUGUUUUGCAGGACAAAAAAUUGGUCUUGAAAGUACAGUGCACGCCUGAUAAAUGCUCAAUAAAUGUAGGCUCAGAAUAUACGUUUUUUCUAUCAGGAUCUUGAGUUAAAACAAUAGGAUAUACAAGUUCAAAUUCAGAAGAGCCAGAUAUCUAUGUAAAAGGCCCAAAUUUGCUUUCUUUAAAGUGAGAAAAUAAUAAAUUUGCUAUCAGCGAGUCUAAAACAAGAUCUCCAACUGGUGCAAUUUUUAUUGAAGAAAUACUAAUUAAAGACAAAGAUAUAUUUUUAGCUGGGAAUUACGUGUUUGAGUUUUCUAUAAUUGAUAAUAAUUCGCUGUCAUUGAGUUAUAGAAAAAGAGGCUCAUACCAAUGACUGUGGGAAUUUGAUAGUGCGACAUCUCUCCUAUAGGCAAAUUUGUUCGAAUCAAUUUUGAUAGUAAGACAUUUGACCCAAAAAAAACCGUUAAAUUUCGGCUAAAUGGGCACCCUUUUUAAAAAAUUUUCGACCAAAAGUACUUCGAUGAAAUGCACACUAUCAAAAAGGCACUAUCAUUGGACCUGCACCCAGAAAAAGAGACGACUGCAGCUCAUCAAAAGUUGUCUGGACGAGCGAUAUGCCUGUAAAAUUAAUAGGAAGAUCUAAAAAAGUGGCUGAUUUAUCUUUUGAAGAAGAUUCAACAAUGUCAAAAAUUCAUGCUGCAGUCGAGUUCAUAAAUGGGAAUUGAUAUAUGUACAACAGACACUCCAGAAAUGGGGUGUGAAAGCAUUUACAUAAUAGAAGGACUUUAGAUAAUGGAAAAAAUUCAGAAUGGAUUGAAUUACCUAAUUAUUCAAAAUUCAUGUUUCAUGAAGUAAUUUUCAUGGUGAGAAUGAAUUCAUAUUAA